AUGCGCUUAACUUCGGUGCUCCUCGGCGCCUGCAGCCUAGGACUUUCCGUCGCGCAGUCGGACCCUCUCGAGGGCUACGCAUUCCUUUAUUUCACGGGCAGCACUGUUGCUGGCGAGAACAUUUUCCUAGCGGCGAGCACCGGCAACAAUGCCUUGAACUGGACAGAACUCAAUGGCGGACAGCCCAUACUCAAAUCCUCCUACGGUACAAAAGGCUUGCGAGAUCCCUUCGUCAUCCGUUCAGCAGAGGGUGACAAAUUCUUCCUCCUCGCCACAGAUCUCUCAAUCGGCUCCGGCACAUCAUGGGACGCUGCAGUACGUACCGGGAGCCGCUAUCUGGAGAUCUGGGAGUCGAGCGACCUCAUCAAUUGGUCGGCGCAACGUCAUGUCGAGGUGUCGCCUCCAACCGCAGGCAAUACUUGGGCGCCCGAGGCAUACUACGACCCGACUAUCGAGCAGUAUGUGGUUUUCUGGGCUUCUUCGCUUUAUGACGAAACGGAUACGAAUCAUACCGGGACGACGUAUCACCGAAUGCUGUAUGUCACAACGAGCGACUUCGUCACCUUCAGCGAGCCCCAGAUUUGGCAGGAUGCAGGUAUGUCGCGCAUCGAUUCAACGGUAAUUCAAGACAACGGCACGUUUUAUCGCUUCACAAAGGACGAGGGCGCCUCUGGAACCGGCUGCGCGGACAUCAUUGAAGAGCGCUCUGAUUCGCUGCGCGCAACGUUGGAUUCCUGGACCCAAGUCACUGCUUGCAUUGGGAAGAACGCGGGCACCAAGUCUGUAGAGGGACCAACGGUAUUCAAAUCCAACCCGGAUGAUUCGAAUGGGGAGAAGUUCUAUCUGUUUGUGGACGAGUAUGUGGAUCGUGGGUAUAUCCCGCUUGAGACGGAGGAUUUGGCAAAUCCGAGCUGGAAGGUGUCAGCGAGCUAUAAGCUUCCGACGAGUCCUCGCCAUGGCACCGUCAUUCCUAUAACCGCAAAAGAGCUCGAAGUCAUCACUGCGAGCACCGCGACUGCCAAACGACAAGAAGCACAGAGAACACGUAUCGCGAAGAGAGACAGCCCAGUCCUUCCAGGUCUCUAUGCCGACCCUAAUAUCGCCAUUUUCGGAGACUCGUACUAUAUCUACGCCACCACAGAUGGCUUCCCCAGCUGGGACGGCAACGUCUUCUACGUCUGGAAGUCCCCCGACCUCGUAUCCUGGACGCGCUCCACCACCCCCAUCCUCACCCUCAACGGCACAAGCGGCAACGUCCCCUGGGCCACCGGCUCCGCCUGGGCCCCCACCAUCAUCGAACGAGACUCAAAGUACUACUUCUACUUCAGCGGGCAGAACCCAACCUACGACCGCAAGACCAUCGGCGUGGCCAUCGCCUCCUCCCCAGAAGGCCCCUUCACCGCGCAGCCCACCGCCAUGAUCUUGAACAACGAGGAACUCACUACAGGCCAGGCGAUUGACUCGGCUGCUUUCCAAGACCCUACUACCGGGAAGUAUUAUCUGUUUUGGGGGAAUACUGGUACGGGGCAGCCGCUUUAUGCUGAGCUUGCAGACGAUAUGGUGUCGCUUAAGGAGGGCACGCUGGCUACGACAAGCGGGCUUACUGACUUCCGCGAGGGUGUUUUCGUUAACUACCGGCGGGGUCUGUUCCACAUGACGUAUUCCAUCGACGACACGCGCUCGGAGGACUACCGCGUUGGGUACGCCACUUCUCUAAAUGUAACAGGCCCGUGGACGUACCGCGGUGUGAUGCUGCAGAAGGAUGUAGACAAGGGCAUUUUGGGUACGGGACACGAUUCUAUUGUGCAAGUGCCGGGGACGGAUGAUUGGUAUAUUGCAUACCAUCGGUUUAGGAUUCCUGAUGGGAAUGGGACGAUGAGGGAGACGACGAUUGAUAAGGUGUUCUUUGAUGAGGAGGGGAUUAUGAUGCCUGUUGUGCCGACGUUGGACAGUGUCGGGCCGCAGAGGAUAAACGGGACGGGGUAUUAG